GCGCCGUCGGCCUCAAUGACUCGGGCUGUUUCGAUUCGAGAGAUGGCGGGCGCCAUCAGUGCCGCAAAGUUAAUUUCAAAGAACGCCUACAAUGUGCCGGGCAAGAUAAGAAUCACGGAGUACUUCUUCGAAGUACCGCACGAUUGGAACAACACCGCCACUUCGAGGCCAUUGACGAUCUUUGCACGUGGAGCGAGGAGGCUUGAGAGGCCAAUCGAUCCCAGCAACGAUGACCCCAAGAAAGACUUACCGUGGUUGCUAUUUCUGCAGGGAGGGCCAGGAUUCGAAUGCGCCAGCCCGCAAAAUAAUUAUUGGAUCCAGACGAUACUAGACAAAGGGUAUCAAGUGCUGUGUUUGGAUCAACGAGGAACAGGAUUGAGUUCACCCUUAACUCAAUCCACGCUUCAAAUGAAAGGUGAUGAUCAACUUCAAGCUCAAUACUUGCGUGCCUUCAGGGCCGACAGCAUUGUCAAAGAUUGCGAGGCCAUUAGGAAGACGCUGAUGCACGGACUGCCCACUGAGAAAGCAAAGUGGACGCUGAUGGGACAGUCCUUCGGCGGAUUUUGUGCGACUACGUAUCUGUCAUUCUUCCCGCAGAGCUUGCGAGAAGUUUUUAUGUUCGGUGGACUUCCACCCUUAGUUGACAGUCCAGAUGAAGUGUACAAACGCCUUUUCAAGAAAGUAAUUGAGCGGAAUGAGGCCUAUUACCGAAAGUUUCCCGAAGACAUCGACAGAGUACAACAAAUUUGCAAACACCUACAGCAGUCUGGAAACACUACGGUCAAAGACACUACUUCACAAGGUUUUAUCACGGCAAGAAGAUUCAUGCAGUUGGGGUUGUGUUUUGGAGGUCAUGGGGGAUUAGACACGGUUCAUGAUCUUGUGUUGAAAGCACAUUCCGAGCUGAACUAUGUGGGGCAUUUGACGCGACCAACUGUAGCUCGCAUCGAGAGCUUGCUUCCAUACAAUGAUCACAUCAUCUACGCUAUCUUGCAUGAACCUAUUUACUGUCAAGGAGAGGCCUCCAAUUGGUCAUGCCACAGAGUUUUGCAGAAGUGCUACGCAAAGCAGUUUGACAUACCACAUCCAUUUGAGAUAAAUGAUGCCACUAAAGCGAAACCUAUCUACUUUACAGGGGAGAUGAUAUUUCCCCACAUGCUUGAAGAUUACUCUGAGCUACGAAAAAUAAAAAAGCCUGCAGAAAUGCUUGCUGAAUACGAGGAUUGGCCGGAGCUAUACGACGAAAGGCAGCUUGCCAAGAAUGAAGUACCAGUGUACUGUGCUGUGUAUUUGGAUGACAUGUACGUUGACUAUGAUUUCUCACGAGAGACGGCAAAUAAAAUCAAAGGCGCCAAGGUCUUUGUGACGAAUAUGAUGUAUCACGAUGCUGUGAGGAGUCGAAUGGACGAGGUCGUAAGGAAUGUUUGGGCGUUGAGAGACGACAGUAUUGAUUGAGCAUUUCCAAAUCUCAGGGGUGCAGGAGUUGUAAUGCAUGGGUGUUUUUGAUCUAUCUUCAUUUCCCCCGGAUUGAGGAGAUGGACUUGUGGCCUAGAAAGUGGGAGGCGCCAUUAUCGUCAUUCAUGCUCCGAUAGGGAUUAGGAUCGCAUUGAUAGGUUAAAUUAUUAGCAAAGACUUUCUAUUG